UAUAGCACACUGAAGUAACUUAUACUACGUUCGGCCUCAUUUUAUAUUUGGCUUAGGUAAGAAUCGCGUCGCGACCGCCACAACCGCCACAACCGCCACUUGCGGCUGUAUUGUGCUUUGGUAGAAUAGGCGUCUCAAUUCGGCCUAUUGCGACAACCACUGUAACGACCGAUAUACAAGCUCUAUAAUAGCGCCUUGCUCCCGUAUAUAUCCCUCAUAAUGUCUCGCGCAUCCACCUCCCAGCAGAGGAACCUGACGCUCACCGAGGAGCUCGAGAAGCUGGAGCAAACAAUAACACUAACCCUCCAAGAAAUCGACCACAAUUUCAGCCGCGCACACCGAAUUGUGACGACGAGCAUCCUCCCCAUCGUCGAGCAAUACGGCAAGCACUCCGAGGCUGUAUGGGAUGGCUCAAAGUUCUGGAAACAGUUUUUCGAGGCGAGCGCCAAUGUCUCUCUGUCUGGAUACGAAGAACUACAACAAGACGAGGAAGAGGACACAGCAAUCUCUCAUUCACAUGGCAACAGCACCUACGGCGCCUCGCUGCAGGACGACGAUUCCCUGCCAGCAGACACAACCCACCACCACGCCUACUGCCACGACGACGAGUCCCUCCUCGACAACGGCGACAUCAGCGGCAGCACCCCCCGCGCCCCCCCAUCACGAACCGCCACUAGCGGAAAAUUCGCCGACUACGGCUCCCCCUACGAAGCACUAAAGCGAGAAAUGAAGGGCGGCGGCAAGGCCAAAGAAGAAGAACUCGACGACGACGACACCCCCCUCCCUCCCACAACCCCCGGCACCGAACAACGCCUCCCCCGCAUGUCGAUGACCCCCCUCUCCUCCCCCUUCGAACCAACCUCCCACCUCGCUUCCACCAAACGCGCCCAGGACCCGCUCCUCCACCGCGUAAUGGACAAAAACUACCGCCUCCAAGCCACCCCACACACGGCGCAGAAACAAGCCAAAGCCGCCGCCGCAUCCAAACCCUCCUGGCGCGACCUCGCGUCCCCGUCUUCCUCCUCCCCGAUCCAGGCCCCGCAACUCCACCAUGAGAUCUUCAGCUCGCCCAUCCGCCAGCCGCAGAUCCGACCUAACGCCGCGCCGCGCACGCCGGGGGUGAGUGUGCAGACUCCUGCGCGGGGGAAGAGUACGAGGGAUAUCGGGAUCACGGAUGAGAUUACGUGGGAUAGCGAUAGUGAGGAUGCGGAGGAUGUGUAUAAGACGCUUGGGAUGAGUCCGCCGAAGACGAUACAGUUUGCGAUUCCGCCGAAUCGGGUGUUGCAGACGCCGGCGAGGGAGGCGAGUAAGCGGAUUGUGGAGGAUUUGCUGAUGACGGCGGGGGCGGGGGGGUAUGAGGAGGAUAGUCCGAGUAUGGUGAAGCCGAGCCAUAAUUUGUUGGAUGAUAGCUUUUGAGGGGUUGAUAUUGUGCGUUGGGGAGGGGCCACUGCAGCUCCACAUCCAAGGGGCGAUGUCCGGUUAUGCCAGUUGAGAUGGAACUUAGCAGGCAGAACGGUCAGAAUACGAACAGCUCUCGGGAAAAACUACGCGUCAUUCCAGCUGACAAGUAGCUGAGGCAAACUUGCCCCACGAAGGCGCCAAAAUCCAAAUCAAGAACCAUACAUUAUCCCGCCACCAUGCGUUUGUCCUUAACGACACCCCCCACACCCCCCACACCCUCGACCACCUCAAUACUCCCCUCCUGCGGAAAAUACUACCCGCCACCAGCCAUCAGCGCCACCUUCUCAGGCGCCUCCAAUAACCGAUCCACGAGCCAACACUAGACACCAGCUCUUCCCGCGCAAGCACCCCGCCAUCCAGGACCAAAUAUACCCACCAAUCCCGAACCUCAAAGCGCUUAGAUAGAUAUGAAUACACCCAUUACUGGAGGACGUUCCAUACGGCACAUGCAGUCGUGACACCCAUGCCGUGCGUAGUCCACAUGCAACCCUACUAUUAUGAUAAAACCCACCCUGAAUCGCUAUACCACACGUAUAACCUAAUCCCCCUCCCAUACUACCCACGAUCUACUACUCCAUCAUCCUCACCACAUACCCCCCCGACCCCAGCUUCCCCGGUCUUACUCCUCGGCACCCACUCGCAGUGCCAGGGUGGUCGUCGAUCCGGCCCCCCCUCCCGUCGCCACAGACCACAGACCAGCCUGAACAACACAAGGUGGCGGAACAGCCUGGACUGGUCCUACAAGCUGUGUUAGCGGGUUGAAAUGUGUGAAUUUGAACGAAUGGUUCUACCAGUGCCUCCCCUCCUCGUUUCCCGGGCCAACCCCGACAUCGUCAACCCCUCAGUCAUCGGCCCCGGUGCGGGAAGACUGGCAGUCACCUUCGAGGCGGGACGGAAUGCGUACGGGGUGAUACCAUCCAGUGGGCAAAAGGGGGGGGAGGUGUUUGCGAAUUUGGGGGCGGUUGGGGAGGAGAUGGUGGAGGGGUGUGUGGAUCAGACGGUGAGUUUUGG